CCGAAGCAAGCUGACGGUCGAACGCUACCCAAUGUGAUCAUUUUUCUCGUGAAAUCCUCAACCGAUCUACCGGUCAAGUCCGCGGGGAUACGUGGCAAGCGUGGCGCGGGGGGUAAUUCCAUUUCAGUGCUCUACCAGUGUUAAUGAGUGUGUUUACAUGUAUACAAAACUCGGUAAUCGCGGUGUCACCACGAGGAUUUUUCACUGCCCUGGAUACAAAGGAGUCUCGUGAGGUGCUACAAGCGUCCUUUCGGCAACGGAAGCGCGGAGCCAAAAAUGCCGGCGUCGAGGCCGUAAUUCCAGGAGCUUUAUAGGGAGGGUACCGGAAGGCCAGAGAACCCCCGGUCGGGUGGUGAAACCCCCCGCGUAAGAGGGGACGGCGGUCGGACAAGGGGGAAAAAAGAAAAUGGCGUCGACCAGCGGGCACAAGAGGAACGGCUCGAGCUCGAGCAUGUUCGCCCACAAACGCACCGAGUCCGGCGGCGGUUUCAUCGGCCACAAACGCUCGGAGAGCGGUCACAAACGCGCCGAGAGCAUAUCCAGUGCCUUCGGCCACAAACGAUCCGAGAGUGGCCACAAGAGGAACGAGAGCGGCGGCGGUUUCGGGCACAAAAGGUCCGAGUCUGGCAGCAAUUACCAUGCCGGGCAUCGUCGGAACGAGAGCAUGUACGCUAUGACUGGCCUGUACGCGGAGACCACGGGAAACGUGGGUGACGAGACCGCAGACCCGUUGCAGGCGACCGGCGGCACAAGCAGACUGACUCACGACACCGUAAUCAGGUGUCACAGUAGAAAUCCGAGUUCCGGCCUCGUGGACCAUAGAGAUUUUAUUAUCAAAUGUCACAGCAGGAAUCCCAGUGCUUCCAUGGUGGACAGGACGGAGAAGGAGAGAGCGCAAACACCGCCGUUCAAUCCAGACUCGAAGGACUGUGGGAUCCUCAGCUGCAGACCGGCCUUUAUACAGAGAUUCGCCGGAAUAAAGGUGUUCGUGUUCCUCCUAUCGUUUCUCGUCACGCUGCAGCAAGCACUUAGUUCAGGUUACAUAAAUUCUGUGAUCACGACCAUAGAGAAGAGGUUCGAAAUCCCGUCCAGCCUGUCAGGCGUCAUUGCGAGCUCCUACGAGAUCGGGAACGUCAUUACCGUAAUCUUCGUCAGCUACCUCGGUAGCCGGCGACACAUACCAGUUUGGAUAGCGAUUGGCGCUGUAAUAAUGGGCCUGGGAUCGAUGAUCUUUAUGGUGCCGCACUUCACAGCCGAGCCUAAUUUGAUGACAGCUGCGAACAACUCCAGCUCGGACAACAUUUGCCGGGGAGUGUCCUUACGUGAACAGGACAUGGGACUCGGUCGUUUGUCGUCUGGAUUAUCAUCUCCUCCGCUGGCACCACACAAUAAUUUAAGAGGCGAUAAUUGCAUUCAAGGAUCUCCAUCCACCGCUGGCCCUGUUAUGUUAUUUGUACUUGCUCAGUUAUUAUUAGGCUGUGGUGGUUCUCCUCUGUUUACUCUUGGUACUACUUACAUAGACGACCACGUACGUCCAGAGAGUGCUUCUUUGUAUAUUGGUUGUAUGUACAGCAUGGCAGCUUUUGGACCAGUCUUAGGUUUCCUUCUUGGAGCUUACUUACUAUCAUUUCACAUGGAUUCCUUUUCUGGAACUAUUAUCAGCAUAGAUCCAGGCGACCACAGAUGGGUGGGCAUGUGGUGGGGUGGAUUUCUGCUCUGCGGCCUGCUCUUAAUUUUAGUCGCGAUACCGUUCUUCAGUUUCCCAAAAACGCUGCAACGCGAAAAAGAGAAAAUACGAAUCAUCGAGAAAAACAAAUCGUCGUCGCAGAAAGAGAAAGAACAGUGCAAGGAGCCGAAGAAAGAGAAGCUUGACGAUAGCGGGUACGGCAAAGACGUGAAAGAUAUACCCAGGAGCAUGUGGAGGCUCGUCUGCAAUCCUGUGUACGUGGUCACGUGUCUGGGAGCGUGCAUGGAGCUGGUGAUCGUUUCCGGUUUCGUGGUGUUCUUGCCGAAGUACCUAGAGACCCAGUUCAGCCUGGGAAAGAGCCAAGCCAGCGUAUUCACCGGUUCCAUAGCUAUACCGGGCGCCUGCAUCGGGAUAUUCUUCGGCGGUUGUAUGCUCAAACGUUUAGAAUUAAGGCCGAAGGGGGCGGUACAGUUCGUCCUCGUCUCGAACAUCAUAUGCCUGGUCUGUUACGGCCUCCUGUUUUUCCUCGGCUGCGACAACGUGAAAAUGGCUGGGACCACUAUUCCGUACUUUAACAGCAGCACGAAGGGCCCCGAGCCCUUUCAAGUAAACCUCACUGCCGCGUGCAACUUCGGUUGCGAGUGUCGAAUGACGGACGUCGAGCCCGUCUGCGGAAACAACGGUCUGACCUACUUCAGUCCAUGCCAUGCGGGCUGCACUGCCUUCAGUUCGAAAUCGAAUUUCACUAACUGUGCAUGUAUACAUGGAAACUUAACAAUGUUGCCACCAGCGGCUCCAGAAUUCGCGGAAGUGACAGUGGUACCGGUAGCAACUGCUGGCCCAUGUACUUCACCGUGUAGGACUAUAUUCCCCUUCUUAAUCUUACUUUUCUUUAUGACCUUCAUCGUCGCUAUCACUCAGAUGCCACUGCUGAUGAUAGUGUUGAGGUCAGUCUCGGAAGAAGAAAGGUCGUUUGCUUUGGGCAUGCAGUUCGUUAUCUUUCGACUGUUCGGUUAUAUACCUGCUCCAAUUUUAUUCGGUAACUUAAUCGACUCCACGUGCUUGCUUUGGAAAAGCACCUGUGGAGAAAAGGGCGGCCGCUGCCUGCUUUAUGACAUCGAACAAUUUAGAUACAGAUACGUUGGUCUCUGUGCCGGGAUUAAGAUUUUAGCCCUGGCACUGUUCCUCGUGGACUGGUGGCUGGUUAGGAGGAGAAGACAACUAGAAGACCAAGCACCGUCUUUCACGGUGAACGAAUUCGUAGGGUCAAUUAUCAGUCUUGACAAAUUGUUCGAAGAGAAACCUCACCACCAUAACACGACGGAAGGGGAUGACGGUGGGACCGCUCCGAAUUCCGAAAUGGCCACGCCGUCGUCAAUCUCGUCGCCCACCGAGCCUACCAAGUCGACGAACCUGGAGGAGACGGGAUCGUCGAAUCAGACACAGGAUUCGACGGAGUCGGCGAGCCGAUCAAAAAGCGCGAUGGACGUGGACGUACCCGACACCAGGCAAGCGCCUCUUGCCAUAGAAGAGCCAGACGUGGAGGUGAAGCCUUUGACCGGUAAAACGGAGAACCGUACACGGAACGUUUAAUGUUUGUCCCGUGUUAGAGGCUAUGCAAUCGAUUCUAUAUCAAAGUGGGUGAUACCGCGGGUCUCUGGCAAAUCAUUUUGUCGUCGCAGCUAACCUUUAACAAUAUAUCUACAAACGUACGUGCAUUAUUGAUUUGUGCAAUCCUAAAUGGGGGGGGGGGCGUUAUCGUGAUUCUUGACGAAAAGAGGUUAGACCUUGAAGGGG